AAUCUCUCUAAUAAUAAACCCCUGAGCCAUGCAGGGGCUCGGGGCUGCAGCUCGUGGGGCCAUGGCAGGAGCCGAGGGGGAGUAGCCACGGCUGGAGAGGCAGAUCCAUGGAUGGGACACGUGUGGGGCAGGAUGCCAUGAAGAACUGCACUGACCUGGAGUACUGGGACACCCUCGUUUCCCAGUGCAUCCCCUGCAGCCUCGCCUGCAGGCAGUCCCCGGCCAGGAGGUGUGAUGCUGUGUGUGAGUCCAUGGACUGCAACAAGAGACCUGGAUUUUACUACGACGACCUUGUGAAGAACUGCAUCGAGUGCAGCUCGGUGUGCGGGCAGCACCCCAAGGAAUGUGCCCUGUCCUGCGACCCCACACCCGCAGGGCCGGCGGCAGGGCUGGAGCAGAAGGCGUGUGCGGAGCAGGAGCCGUGGCUGGUGCUGUACCUGCUGCUGGGGCUCUGCCUCUGCUCCCUCAUCUGCUCCCUGCUCCUGGGCUGGACCCACCUGCGCAGGAAGGGAGAGGGGGUCUCCUGCCAGGCCAGCGCUGGGACCUGCCACCGCCGGGAGGACCCUGCCAAAGAUCGGCUGGUGGAAGCUGGCAGCGUUGGUGACGGAUUCACCAGUAUCAGAAUCCCAGAGCCAGUGGAAACCUGUGGCUUCUGCUUCCCUGGACAUGGCUCUGCUGUACAAGAGACCAAAUCCUGUCACAGCAGCUCCUGUCACCCUGGGGAAAGAGCUGCUCCCUCCUUCUCUGGGAUCUGCAGCACGGGAAGCGCCGGGGCCAUUCCCAGCCCUGACGACGGCCACUUCAAAAUCAUCUGUUCUCCUUCCCAAGAGAAGACACCCAUGGUGUGAGCACAGUGGAUGUUCCAGCACGGGAUCAGAACGGAGGGAUGCUCCCUCUGCCCCCAAAUCAAAGCUGCUUCUCUGUUGCCAGUGACUGGAACAGCCUCUACCCAGCGCAGGCUGUGCCAAGGGCUGUAGGAUACACACGGGGUUGGAGGUUGCACAGAACUGUUUGCUUCCACUCAGGAAACUGAAUUCCCUUUAUUCCUGAGCACUCCCAGUGAAAGAAGUCGCUUCCCAUGUAGCUGCAUCUGACUUCAUCCUCCAGGGUGCAUCCUGGCCGUUGAGGACAUCUCAUGGGGGCUUUUCAUCCUGGUUCCACCACCAGCAUCCCUGCAAAGGAUCAGGUGGUGCCCACUGGUCCCCAUGGAGAGCUCACCUCUCCCUGCUUGGAGAUUCCUUCAUGUAUCAGAACAAUUUUCAACACAGCUGUAAAUGUCUCAAAUGUGGAAUUGGAUCCAAGGAUUUACUGGUGAAAUUUCUAAGGAGUCAGUGUGGGAAGCUGCACUGUCAGUUUCCAGCCAGGAGUGAUGGUGAGGCUUUGCAUCAUGACCAGGACACGAUGCUGAACAUGAGGAGCUGGGACAGGCACCAAAAUCUUCAGUGGAAUUUGGUUUAAAUAUGAAAAUUCAUCCAAGGCUGUGAUCUUUCUACAAAACUGGAUUUAUGUAUAUCUGGUCUGGGUUAUUCUGAGGAACUGGUAAAAGUGAGGAAUCAGCUGGAGAUAAAGCUGCUUUGAGAGAA